UGACAACAUCUAUUUCUGAAAAUAGGAAUCAAAAUAAUAUCUGAAUCUGAAAUUUUGAACAAAACAAGUGGCUUCUAUAAGAAACAUAACCCAGUUAUUGACUACAUAUGAAGUAAUAAAAAUAAUGUUUCAACAGUAACCUAAUAAGCACAAAUGCCUCUUAAUUUAAAGUGACUGAUAAAGUGAUUUUAUUAACGAAAAUGUAUUGUCAAUACUACGUUUCUUUUGUAUUAUUGUUGACUCCUAAUAUUUUAUUCUGCGCGUCGGCUGCUGUUCACAGCCAUAGCUUAGAUGAUCCAGAGCGAGAAUCUGACGGCGCGUAUCGGCCACGAGAUUCUGAGCACUUUAAUGAUAUGGGACAUAAUGUUGAAUUCGACCAUGAAGCCAUUCUAGGUAGCGUAAAAGAGGCAGAAGAGUUUGAUAAGCUCAGUCCAGAAGAGUCAAAGCGGCGCCUUGGUCUAAUGCUGCCAAAGAUGGACCUUAAUGGAGAUAAAUUCAUUGAUCGAGAUGAACUUAAGAAGUGGAUUUUAAACUCAUUUAUUAAUCUUGCCAGAGAAGAAGCUGAGGAAAGACUAACAGAAGCAGAUGACGAUGGUGACGGCCUGGUGACAUGGUCAGAGUACCUAAGAGACUCUUUUGGGGUUGAUACUGAGGAGGAACUUAAUCCAGAAGACACAGGAGAUACUGGCAUGCAGUUGGUGCGUGAUGAGAAGAUAAUGUGGAAGACAGCUGACAGAAAUGGAGAUGGAAAGUUGGAUAUAGCUGAAUUCGAGGUAUUUACAAACCCAGAGGAGCACUCAGUGAUGCACCCUCAUCUAGUAUCUCAGGCUCUAAGGGAGAAAGACUCCAAUGGCGAUGGAAUGCUUGACUUCCAUGAGUAUAUCGGAGAGAGAGCUCAACACCAAGAUAAGGAAUGGGUGAUGACAGAGCGGGACAAGUAUGACCAUGAGCUGGACUCAAAUGGAGAUGGUUUACUUGAUGAACAUGAAAUACAUCGCUGGAUGAUACCAGAUAACAAUGAAAUAGCCGAGGAGGAAGUGUCACAUUUAUUUGCGUCCUCUGAUGAUGACCACGACGAACUCCUGUCAUUCGAGGAGAUACUUCAGCAUCACCAUGUCUUCGUUGGUAGCGAGGCCACAGACUUUGGAAACGACAUAGAUCGAUUUGACGAUGAAUUAUAAGAAAAGGAAUUUAGAAAAUAUCACUCGUUAAGUGCUUACUUAUGAGUUUAACAAUUUUUAAUAACUUUUUUGGGCCAAAUAUUACGUGUCUGUAAGCUAAAUUAAAAUUCGAUUGUUUGUCACAUUUUUAAGUAAACCUAACGAGAGCUUUUAAUCUAUGUGAAAUUUUUGUCUAGAAAUUAUGUAAAUUAGUUUAUUAAAACGAUUAAUAUACAUUUAUCAAUAAGUGAAUAAAACACGGUUUUGCUGAAACAUACCAUAUAAUUUGGCUAUAUGUACUAUAGAUUUAAUACGGCGCUUUUAAAAGAUCUGAUACGCACAAGUACUUAAUGGGUUUUAAUCGUAUGAUUUACCUGUUUACUUAACCAUAAUGUUCAAAGAAACUAGUCAAAGUUACUCAUAGCAAUUUACAAUAAAGUAGUACCCAUAAUAGUAGGGGAGCCCACGAUGCUAAAUGGGGAUGUACUCGAGCGUCGUAGAGACCUAUUGAGUUGCGAAACUUAGAUAACAAAAAAAAUGUUAUAUAAUGUAUACUUUUCAACGGUGGGGGGAGCGGCUAUAGAUUUUCAAAAAUGUAAAUAAAACUGUGCCAUGGACAUACUCGAGCGCGUCAGAUAUUGAUAGCAUCCAUUUUCUACGUAUUUUUAAUAAUGUACGAUGUUAAUCUGAUUGUUUGCAUGGUGGUCGUACCUACGUAAGGGUUGAAAAUGAAAAAAAAAUUUUGUCGAGCGCGUCAGAUUUUCUAAGGGGAUUUUAAGUGAACCUUAAAAAAAGCUCUCAUCUAAUAAUUUCCAAUGUUUCUAUUGUAAAUUUUAUUGAUUUUUGCAAAGUAGUUUCACCACAAAAUACACAUUUUAUGUUAGUAUUACUCAUAAUUUUUAGUUAAUAUAAUUAGACUAAUAUAAGCAUUACGCAGCCGCACGUAUUAUACUUUAUCGACGAAUUUUACUUACUUCUGCUUGUGGAAAUCGUCAGAUUAUAUAUUUUUCGUUUCGAAUUAUUUCCUUCAAAAUAAACAAAAACUCGACAAUGUCGAGAUGACGUUUUUUUACAACUUUGCAGCCCUCCCUUUUCUUUAGGUCACUUGCAAAUUGUCAGAUUAGUGGAAUAUACACUUAGCAUGUACUAACUCUAACCUCACCCUACCUUAAACUGACGCGCUAGAGAAUUUCUGAUGAUUAUUUUUUUUUUUACUAAUCUAAUCCAUUAUCCUUGACGGGCGGACAUAUAUUUGCGGCUCAUAUUUGGUAGAGGUACUUCCUUAAUCUGCCAUGCUGUACUAAAUCCCGAAAUCCCAGCUUGGGCUCCCCUACUAUAAGAUACUUAAUACAUAUAUUUGACACAGACUUGUAUGUCAAACUCAUGGGUAAGUUGUGGAAUCCAGUUUUAAUAUUUCAAAUAGCGAAUCAUCUUUCAGUUUUCAGAACUGACUAUCCAUUUUUUAUAAAUUUUUACAUUUCUACCAGUCAAUAUGUUUUGCCCUAUGCGGCAAAAGGAGAACGCCUAGUUAUAUACCAUAUGUAACCAAAUUAUAAAGCAUGUUAUACCAAGCUUGAAUAAUUAUUUUCAUCAAUUGAAAUAAUUUGGACAUCUUAUGAUCCUGUUAUAAUUAUAAAAAGUUUUUAAUGUGGGCAUUUUAUUAACCAGCUCUCCUAAAAUUGUGCCAUUUAAUUUGUAGUAAGUAACAAAUUAGUUUAAUUGAAUUAUUAUUUUAGAAUUAUAAAUAGUUAAUAAUAAUUUAACACACUAAUUAUAUUUAUACUUAAUGUAUUUGAAAUAAAACACAAAAAUCAUUUACAAUAUUUUUUUAUUCAAUAUAAUAAUCUUAAUAAAUCCAAAAUAUUUACACAAUACAAAAACAUACUAUAUGACCUUCCAUCUCCGCUUGUUUUAAUUUCAUUACACGAAUGUUCUGAUAACAUCUACAUAUAACUAUAAAGGAUCAUACCGCAUCCUGUUUUUAAGCUUUAUGGUCCUUUUAAACCAGGUACAUUAUAUUUAAUGUCAGUUAUAUUUUACUUGAUUAUUUUAAUUUAGACAUUUUUAAACAGGAGACGGUCUGAUUACUACUAAGUAUUGCACAUUUUGUGGUAUGAUGUCUAAUUUUUGUAUGCCAUAUUUCAUGAAUAAUGUUAAUAUUAUUUUUUCGAAACAAAUAUAUAUUAAACACAAGA